AUGGAGCACCUCGGGGCUCACCACCUGCACCAAGGGCAAGCCGAGCCCAUCAGCUUCGGCAUCGACCAGAUCCUCAACACGUCGGAGCCGGGCAGCUGCAUGGUGUCGCACCCGCGGCUGCAGGACUCGGCGGACUACGGGCUGGGCUGCAUCGUGGGCAGCGCCUAUAACACGGUCACGGGUGGCUACGGGGCGAGCGGCGGCGCGGCCGGCGCCUACACCGGCACCUCCUGCAGCAUGGGCGGCCUGCCCGGCUCCUACAACGUGAACAUGGCGGUGAGCAUGAACGGCAACACCUUGAGCUCGGCCGGCGGCGUGAUCCGCGUCCCGGCCCAUCGCCCCGUGGCCGGCGGAGUCCACCAGCCCCUCUCCGCCGCCGUGCCGGCGGUGAACGGCAUGAACAGCCUCACGGGGCUCACCUUCCCCUGGAUGGAGAGCAACAGGCGGUACACAAAAGACAGGUUCACAGGUCACCCCUACCAGAACCGCACGCCCCCCAAGAAGAAGAAGCCGCGCACCUCCUUCACCCGGCUGCAGAUUUGCGAGCUGGAGAAGCGCUUCCACCGGCAGAAAUACCUGGCCUCGGCCGAGCGCGCUGCCCUGGCCAAGGCCCUCAAGAUGACGGACGCCCAGGUGAAGACCUGGUUCCAAAACCGGCGCACCAAGUGGAGGAGGCAGACAGCAGAGGAGCGGGAGGCUGAGCGGCAGCAAGCAAACCGCAUCCUCAUGCAGCUGCAGCAGGAAGCCUUCCAAAAAACCAUCAACCAGCCCAUCCAAGCCGACCCCAUCUGUGUCCACAACUCCUCUCUCUUCGCCCUUCAGAAUCUCCAGCCUUGGUCUGAUGACUCCACCAAGAUCACCAGUGUCACUACUGUCGCCUCUGCUUGUGAAUAA